GGAAACGUUUCAGCGUCGAGUCAGUCGUGAUUGCGUCGUUGCUUCGCAGUCUUCGGUUUCUUGUCGUCAUCGUGAUUGUUGUUGUUUGUUAUCGUUGCCAGCUCCGUCGCGUGACUCCGAUGGGACGGCACCGCUAAGACGCGCGUUGCCGAUCGAGAUGCCCGUUCCGUCCGAUUCCGCGAAAUCUCCCGUGGGACAACUGGGUCAAGUGCGAGCGAGACGGAGUGGCCUGAUUAAUGCCCCGAAGAGACCGGCUCCAGAAACGGGGCGCCCUUCUUUCGGCCGCGAGCGACCGGAGCGGGUUCGGGCCGCGGUGAAAAAUUGAUUCGCGCCACGACGAGAUGAGAGCGUUAAUUCGUCCGACUCUACGCAGAAGCCUACGGGCGAUAAGUGAUUCUGGUUAAGGAAGCUGCGGUUAAUCGGCGCAUUUAUCGUGCUCCAGUUUCCGCCGAGUCGAGCCGGGCAAGAAGCAGCCCGCGGUUCAGGAGAGACAGAGGAAACGACGGAAUAGCCAACACAUGUAGCAUUCGGGCAUCGGUAUAAUGAAGCCGUCCAUGAAAAUGGGAGUGAUCGCCUUGAUAGGGAUCUGCGUAGUCUUUUAUCAGUAUCAUCUGUCCACCGGCGUUACUUUCGAUCAAGCAAUAACGGCUUUCAAUGCCGAUACCGCCGCGGAAGACGCCGGGGAUUUGCCGAUUGGUGAGGAGGGUGACAGCAAAACCCCAAGGCUCACCGAGGAAAUGAUUCGAUACGCCGUAUACCGAGUACAAAUCACGAACGGCCUGAGUCCGGAAAUAAGCUCGAUGCUCGUGCAGGAACUUAUCAAUCAGUUAAGCAAAAACGUCUCGGCGGCCUCCAGAAAUAAUUUCAAGUCCCCGUCGCAAUCGCAACCCCCGGCGACGGCGAUACACAAGGCGGUAACGCCGCCGCCGUCCCGUUCGCCAACGCCCCCCUCCGAGGAAUCGUCCGAGGAACCCCUGUACAUCAUCACACCUACAUAUCGAAGACCCGAACAGAUCCCCGAACUCACGAGGAUGGCCCAUACCUUGAUGUUAGUCAAAAAUAUACAUUGGCUCGUCAUCGAGGAUGCUGCCGUCGCUACCAAGCAAGUUACCAAGUUAUUGGAAAGGACAGGCAUAAAGUUCGAUCAUUUAAUCGCUCCGAUGCCGGAGAAGUACAAGCUCAAGAAGGGCGCGAAGCCACGAGGGGUAUCGAAUAGGAAUCGCGGCUUGCAGUGGAUCAGGGCGAACGCCACGAGGGGCGUGUUCUACUUCGCCGACGACGACAAUACUUACGAUAUUGAACUUUUCGACGAAAUUCGUAAGACGAAAACGGUGUCGAUGUUCCCGGUGGGGCUGUGCACCAAGUUCGGGCUGAGCUCGCCGAUCCUGAAGAACGGCAAGUUUGCCGGGUUCUACGACGGUUGGGUAGCCGGUCGGAAGUUUCCUGUGGACAUGGCCGGGUUUGCCGUGAGCGUCAAGUUCCUGCAUCAGCGGCCGAACGCCACCAUGCCGUUUCGUGCGGGAUACGAGGAGGACGGCUUCCUGAAGAGCCUGACGCCGUUCGAACCGCGGGACGCCCAGCUGCUGGCGGACAAUUGCACCAAAGUACUCGCCUGGCACACGCAGACGAAGAAGAACGAGCCGAGCGCGCCGCUGGACAUGAAGCUUUACGGCGCGACGAACCUGGUGAAGCUCAAGCAGCAGAUAGUAUGAUGCCGGCCGGGACGACGGAGAUAAUGCGGACUCGCGAACCUGAAUCUUGUGUGUAAUCCCGCCUCUCCUUCGCACUAGUUCAUCGGUGUCACUCCAGGGGAAUACCUAGGUGCGGAAAACUGUGCGAUUCAGUGCCUAAAAGUAUAUCUACCCUCUCUCUCACGGCGAGAGCGGGCAUACCGUUAUUACCUUUAAGCGUAGCCGAUAAAACGAAUCGUUUUUUAUUAGCUUUUACACAUCCGCAACAAGUAGCUCGCCCUGAAGACGGUCCGCCCCCCUUCACUCCGAGGAUACCGCGGAGAAGAAAAAAAGAAUAAAGUAGAAUUUCCGGGGCAGAGGCGCUACGACCGCAGCGACUCGGUAUGGUGAAGUGAUAGAAAUUCACGCGUGGAGCUCGAAACCGUCAGUACCUUUUACUUCUUGGCAUUUAAGUUUUCGCGCGCGCCUGAGGCGACGUGAACGCGAAAGGGAAGUUGAAUCUUCUCCUUAGUAAUAAUCGUAAUGAAUAUAGCGAUCGUGGUGAUGUCCGUUAAAAUCGUUUCGCGGUUUCGAAGUAUCUUUAACGCGUACAAAACGGCGAAGUCGCGUGCAGCGUGCAGAUCAACGACCAAAGAAAGCAAACGAGUCACUCGCUGUAACGUUAAGCUCUUACACUUACUUUAUUCCAUCCGAGGGAUACGUUCCGAGUUUUCGAAAUAGAUUAUCUAUUAUAUUCCAUUCUAUUCCACAUAGCGAAAAGUCCAUUCCUAAACUUGCUCUAGUUUAAACACGACGCGAAGUCAAAGAUAAUUCGAUCGAGAAGUGAGCACUUUUUCUAGACGAUUAUACGCUUCUCGAAUUUCACGCUGAUCGAUAUUUCGACUUAACCGCUAAACCGGUAAACUUGACCGCUCGUUUAAACCGCUCGUUAAUCUAAUUACCAAGUAUAAUGUUUGACGAUUGUCGUUUAAAUCCUGCCCCGUCUCUUUAUGCAAUUAGCAAGCAUACAUGAGUAUGAGAUAGAGUUCGAGCAUGUCCCUUAAUACGAAUUCCUCGUAUAUAGUUCCGAAAGAUUAGAAAAAAAAAAAAAAAAUUAAAUAAAUGUGUAAAAGCCGAAACACGAACAAAUCGAAGUUCAGGCUUAAACUUAUUGACAAUUAAAGAAAUUAUCAUUUACGAGGAUUUCUGAUUAAGAUACGAAAUUUUUUCGAUAGAUCUUUGACUUAUUUAGCAUUCAGCAUAAAUUAAAAAAAAAGAUGCCGAACAUGCAGAAUGCGCGUAGCUAUCAAAAGUUCGAAUGAAUUUUUCAGAUUUUUAAAUCUAAAAAAUUGAUUUUAAAAUUGAAUAUAUCAAGGAAUGAUUAUACGCGGUUAUGCGAGUAGCAUUUAAAAUGAGCAUCCUCGCCUGCAUUUAACUGAAUAGAGAUAUUUUUAAUUCUCAAGUCGCGUUCGUCGCUGCUCUUUCAUUUCCGUUAAUGAUUCAGUCAUUUCGUCAUUUUGUUGUAACGCUGAUUACAAGAUUAUAAGUAAAAUAGCCAAUUAUAAUCAAAUAGACGUGUGUUUCCGUUACCAAUGUAUUUGCGUGCGUGUGAGUGCGUGUGCGUAGAAAAUAUGUACUUCCUAGAAAGGCAUAAUAUUUAAAAGCUACAUUUGAUUCUUCUUGCACAACAUAGUUUGCGCGAGUCGGAUUUGAAAAGAUCCGAUAUCUUUUAGAUAGGGAAAGGUUGAAAAGGAAAAUUAAAAAAUAAGAAAAGUGUGCAUCGAGUGCGAAAUCCAAAGAAUCCGUUUCGAUUGUCUGAACGAUCGGAGCAUUUAAUAAUACGAUGUACAGUAGAAUCUUGAUAAUUCCAAACGAUUCUAUUAUUACAUAUCGUUAUAAAAAUUCGACCAACAUGGAAUUAAAUAUACAACGUUAUCUAAUUUCCUAUAGCU